AUGACGGGGAUCCCGGUGGAGCGACCCGACUGGUACUAUAAGUUGGACGGGGUGGCGCUGUCCCUGGGAGUCACCUCUUUCCAGAAUCUCAUGUGGCUGUUCUUCCCCAUCGUGCGCGUCUCUCCCCUUUUCGAUGCCCUUGGACUGCCCUUCGAGAAGCGCAUCAGGUACCACCGUUGGCUUGGGCACAUGACGAUGGUCAUUCUGGCGACCCACGGCUUCCUGUACUGGAUCGUUCGAGUCUCCGUGGACCAGUGGGUGGAGGAGGCGCUGCAGUGGACGGACCACAGGAACGUGAACAACUUCGCCGGAGGCAUAUCCUUGUGGUUUGGAAUCGCUCUGUGGGUGACCGCACUGGAGUGGACGAGGCGAAGGUACUUUGAGGUGUUCUACAGGACCCACAUCGUCAGCUUUGUGGGGUUCUUGAUAUUCGGCAUUCUCCACGCCCCCGGGAUGCACGUGUACCUCGGCGCCGGUCUGCUGAUCUACUGCCUGGACCUCGUCCUGCGGUUGACUCAGCUCAGCACCCCCGUCAAGGUGAAGUGGUCGGGGUCGACUUCGGACGGGUCCAUCGCGGUCAUCGGGUUCGACACCGUGAAGCCGCUGUGCCCCUUCUCCACGUUCUUUGUGAACAUCGGAAGCAUCUCCAAGGUCCAGUGGCACCCCGUCACUCCUGUCAUGAUGGGGGGAGGAACUGGAAUGAAGGUGUGUUUCAAGAAGUUCGGCAAUUGGACAAGUAGGCUUGUCGAGGAGGCGGCGGCCGGCAGGCUGACCACCGCGAGGCUCGAGGGUCCCUUCAGCACCACGGCGGACUCGUGCCACUUUCACGAGCACGAGUACCUGGUCAUGGUCGCCGGCGGCAUCGCCAUCACGCCCCUGCUAACCAUACUUAAGAAGCUGGUCAUAGCCAACGCCUGGGACGCUGGCAAGGUCGGCCGGCGCAGGUCCGCAAAGGCGGACGAGCCUUCCCCCAGGGGUGCGCCGCGGGCCCGAAAGGUUGUGGUCCUGUGGACCAUGCGCAACAUAGCCGAGGCGGAGCUGAUGGACGAGGAGCUGUUCGCCUACAGCCGGGCCCAGCCCGACCUGCUGGACAUCCGCAUACACUACACGGGGAAGGUGCCGCUCGACAACUGGACGGGGACCAUGAUCCGGGUGAAGAAGGAAGUCGACCACGCCGACAUGAUCAGCGCCGAGUUCGGCGACACAAGGGCGUCGAAGAGCGGCAAGGCCUCGCCCGCUGUCCCGCACAUUGAGCCGAAUCAGGUCGGGGACUUGUUCAGGCGCGUGAGCCCCACCACCCUGCCAAUGUACAGCGGGCCCCUGCACCUUGCCGGGCUGAACAUCCUCGUGUACGCCGCGGCGCUUAUGGGGCUGAUCAUGGGCAUAAGCUACCCGCUGGAGGCGAUAAGGUCGGGGGAAGAGACUUCCAGGGGGAAGGUGGACAUGGUCGUUAUGUUCACAAUGUGCAUGAUGGCCAUCGGGGCGGUGACCCUCUUCGUCUUCCCCGCCCACCUGUCCCUCUACCGGAGAGCCAGGGAAAAACAGGCGCUACAGAUGGUGGCGGCGCCCAAGCCAGAGCCCACCAAGCUCUCAUCGACGACGAUACUGUGGAUAUCUAGGACGCAGGACAUAUCGAUGGACGGCAUGGAUCUCGUUGCCGGCCCCCGCGAGAUAUCGGACACGCCCGUCUUUUCGGCGUCCACGAUCGACUGGAUCAAGGAAAACAGGAAGAACGGGCGGCCCGACGUGGACAAGGUGCUGGAUGACGUAAACGCGCAUCUGUCUCCGGGCUGCACGGCGGCUGUCAUCACGGCAGGUGCGCGAUGUUGUGAGCCGCUGGCGACGGAGUAG